AUGCGUUUUGCUACUUUCAUCGAGGAGUAUGAUGUUGUAGACUCCAUUAACGAGAAUAAACCUGAUGAACUUGAUACGUGGGAACGCUGCGACCGUGAAGGGUAUAUUAAACGUCGCAGCAAGCCUGUUGUCGACCAAAAAUCACCUUGGGGUCUAACGUGUCCAUAUAUCAUGUUUCACUCGAACGCAAUCCCAAAUGUAGCAUUUGCCUAUGUGGCCCUUUCACGCAUUCAACACCGAUACAGUAUCGUCAUCACGCACAAACCAAGGUUGGAAAAGCUCACAUUAGCUCCGGAUAGAAUCGCUGAGUUUCAGCGUGAGGAGACUCGAGUCUCUGAUGCUGUGGGCCGAACUGCCACAGGUGCGGCUUUGGCAAUCCAGCGCAUGAAGCUCGUUGCACUUGCGCACAACGCGGCGAUGGGUCCCCGUUGA